AUGGCAGGUGGGGCUCAGGCCAACCCCAAAGAGUUCAAGAAGAAGGUGCUGGUUGAACGUGCUUCUGGGUGGAGAGGUCCAAACCUCAAGGCCUCUCCUCCUGUGAGCACCUCCAGGCCGAGUCUGGGAAUGAAGAAAUUCUUCGCCAUUGCAGUCCUGGCCGGCAGCGUUGUGUCUACCGCCCAGGGCAGCCUGUUGAACCUGAAAUCCAUGGUGGAGGCUGUCACAGGCAGAAGCGCCAUCGUGUCCUUCGUGGGCUACGGCUGCUACUGCGGGCUGGGCGGGCGUGGCCAGCCCAUGGAUGAGGUGGACUGGUGCUGUCACGCCCAUGACUGCUGCUACCAGAAGCUCUUUGACCAGGGUUGUCGCCCCUAUGUGGACUACUAUGACUACACCAUCGAGAAUGACACUGUGAUCGUCUGCAGUGAGCUCAACAAGACAGACUGUGACAAGCAGACCUGUGAGUGUGACAAGAAUGUGUCGCUGUGUAUCAAGGACCACCCGUACAGGGAUCGGUACCGCGGUUACCUCAACAUCUACUGCCAAGGCCCCACACCUAACUGCAGCAUCUACGACCCGCUCCCAGAGGAGGUCAACUGCAGAAAUGGCUUCCCCAUGGCCCCCAUGCCGCCCUAG